AUGGAAACAAUUAUGUCCAAUCAGCAGUUUAAAAAUAGUAGCGCUUUUCAUCCCGCGGAUCCGCCGCACGGUAUGCAAAAUUACGAUGUAGAAGCUCUAACGAGGGACCAGAAACAAGCUCUGAACGAAAUGAAAAUGAUCACUCGAAGGGAAAACGAAAUUUACUUCAAUUCUCAUCCGGAAAUCAAAAGCUUGAUUACCAUUUUAUUAAGACACGUCUUAUCGAAGCAGCCGCUCAUCGAUAUUCCCGAAGUCGUGGGCGCAUUUUUCAACAGACCACGUCGUGAGAUUGUCAUUGACCUUCUGCAUCACUUGUCGUCCGCCGACGGUGUCGAUAGCGCACGAUCGAAUAUAAUAGAUGAUCUUCGACGAGAAGUAUUUCCAGAAUUUGACGUUCACAAAAUUCGCAGUAGCGACGAUUCAAGCUCACAAUCCGAUUACGAAUUGUGCGAGUGCAAUUACAAAGGGAGUAACAUACAAUAUAUUCAUUAA